CAAAAUUUUCAAAAUUUUUACCUCUCCAUCUUCUUCCUCCAUCAAUCUUCUCUUCAUUUCUUUAAAUUAUCAUCCAACAAUGGAAAAUUUGGCAAGUUAGUAACCGUUAGUCCAUUGAUUGUUCAUUGCAAAUCUAAAAACGAUGAUCUUGGUGACCACACACUAUGGAUUAAUCAAGAGUUUCGCUGGUAUUUCGGCCUGAACUUUUGGUUUACGACUCUCUUCUAUUGCAAUUUCAAAUGGGAUUCACAAGAGAAACACAUCGACGUUUUCAAUACUCCUGAUGAAAGCCCCCUUGAGUGCAUGGAAAAUGAGGAGUGCUUUUGGAAAGUGACUGAGGAUGGUUUCUUUGUUAGCGUUGAUAAUAUAAACUGGGUUAAAAAGUUGAAUUGGCAUGACUAG